UCCACACUCAACUCGCCUUCCAUCUUCCACCCGCUCUUCUUCCCCACCCUCUCCUGGGCUAUUCUCUCCCUUUCCUCCUGUCUUCUUUGUCGAUCUCUUUAUCUCAAGCCCGGUGUUGGUUUUGACUGUGUUUCAUUCCUUCUUUUCCCUUCCGAUCCGGUUACUCCGCUCGCUCCGCUCAUCAUGAGCUCGCAGCGUUAUCAAAGGGUUAAUGCCCAUGAUGAGGACGACCACCUUCAAUCUCAAUCGUCCAUCCCUCUCCGACCCAGUCCGAUCCCAAACUCUCCUCCCCCCUCCUUUCGUUCUCGCUCUUCCUCUUUCUCUUCUCGACGCCUUCUGAACAAUGAUGACCCUCGCCAACACGAUGCCGAUCAGACCCUAGCCGAUGCCUUCGGAGAAGGCAGCGACUCAGAACCCGAUGACGAGCCUGACGACCGCCAGCGGCUAAUGCGAGCCCAGCCAGAACCGUGGGCGAUGGCGGACAAUCACAGCACCGCGGCAGCGGCGUCUUCGUCUGGCCGGGCAGGCGGUGGUUCCGAGGUGUCCUCCGAGGAGACUCGCAGUGCCGGCAUCCAGCGACGACCGACUAUUCUGCCGUCCUUCAGUGCCCCAAGCUCUGGAGCAAGCCGAGUCAUUACCUCGGCGAACGACGGUGUAUUUGCUAAUUUGGCUGCCAAGCCUGAGCGUGGGGAGAAGAACGAAGAUUUACCACCGUCUUACGAAGAAGCGGCGGCUGACGCCACUCCACCAUACUGGGAGACGACGAUCUUGGCCCCUGGUAUCUCUUCGGACGAGGUUUUUGUGGACGGGCUGCCGGUCGGCUCGAUCUUCUCGUUCGUCUGGAAUGCUAUGAUCUCCAUGUCUUUCCAGCUGGUCGGCUUCCUUCUGACUUAUCUACUUCACACCACACAUGCGGCCAAGAAUGGUAGCCGGGCUGGUCUCGGUCUGACACUGGUGCAAUACGGCUUUUACAUGAAGGGUGGCAACGAGUCAAAGGGGUCGGAUGAGGGCGGGGCUGAAUAUGUCACGCCUCCCGAUCCAAACAGCCACAGUUUUGACCCUAAUAAUGUCGACGGCAGCGCGGGUGGUGAAGGAGGCGGUGGAGGGAUGUCUGGCAUAACUACGAGCGAGUGGAUAUCUUAUGUCCUGAUGAUUGUGGGUUGGUUUAUCCUGAUCCGGGCCAUCAGUGAUUUCCUGCGAGCGCGACGCCACGAGCAGCUUGUGCUGCAGAGCCCCGAGCGCGGGCUCAAUGUGCCGAUCAUUGCGACAGGCGAGCGAUCGGAAACAGUGGUCUAGACAGCCAUCUUGGAGUCUAUGGUCAAGGAGACUGCACACGGGUAUUAUACAUCUGGAAGGAGCAUUGGCGUUAUCAGAGGUGCUGUCUGUCUUUUCAUUUCACUUUUCUUUCUUUCUUUCUUUCUUUCUUUCUUUCUUUCUUUCUUUCUUUCUUUCUUUCUUUCUUUCUUUCUAUCUUUCUGUCUGACUGCCUGUCAUCUCCUCGGCAUUCUUACGACUUGACCUUCCUGGUUGUAUCUACUGGGAAGUUUGGAUGGACAAAUGGGGAAUGAUUAAUGGGAUUUGGGACUGUGUAGUUCAGGGACUUUUGUCUUUUCUCUUUUUCUUCUUGUGGAGAUAUAUCGUUAGCGAGAUACCAAUCACCUAUCUGCCAUUAAUCUCAAAUUGACGAGACUUGCCUGACUGG